GCCUCUCCCCUUUCCCCCUCUUCCCUUCUCGACCACUCUGCGCCUGCGGCCUCCUCCCCCCCCCCUGCGAAGAAGAAAAAUUCUUGAAUUAGAAAGAAAGAAGUAAAUAAAGACCCCUCGAGCGAGGCCAAGAGAGCGCCCAACCCCACUUCCCUUCUCUCCCCCGAGCCCGAAUUGGAACCGGGAAACGAAACCCUAGCGGCGCCGUCGCCUCCGCGUCGUCACCUGAGCUCCACCGUUCCGUGCCCUGACCGCGGAGGCCGAGGAGGAGGAGGGGGAGUGGGGGAAUGGCGGCGGAGCUGGGGCAGCAGACGGUGGAGUUCUCCGCCCUGGUCCGGCGGGCGGCGGAGGAAUCCUACCUCUCCCUCAAGGAGCUGGUGGACCGGUCCAAGGCCCCGGAGGAGCGCUCCGACUCGGAGAAGAAGAUCGAUCUUCUCAAGUUCAUUGUCAAGACGCGGCAGCGGAUGCUUCGCCUCCAUGUGCUCGCCAAGUGGUGCCAGCAGGUUCCUUUGGUUCAUUACUGUCAACAACUUGCAGCAACACUUUCCAGCCACGAUACUUGUUUCAUCCAAACAGCUGACUCCUUAUUCUAUAUGCAAGAAGGAUUGCAGCAUGCUCGUGCUCCUAUAUUUGAUGUUCCAUCUGCUGCUGAAGUCCUCCUCACAGGGGGAUAUCAAAGGUUGCCCAAAUGUAUAGAAGAUUUGGGAAUUCAGAUUACACUUUCCAAGGAUGAGCAAAAACCUGCUUUAAAGAAGUUGGACACAGUUCUUCGUUCCAAACUUCUUGAGGUCUCACUUCCUAAAGAAAUUUCUGAUGUCACAGUGUCUGAUGGUACUGCUGUUCUUCGCGUGGAUGGAGAGUUUAAGGUAUUUCUUACUGUGGGAUAUCGUGGACAUUUAUCAUUGUGGAGGAUAUUGCAUUUGGAGUUGCUAGUAGGUGAGAAGAAUGGUCCUAUCAAGCUUGAAGAAACGCGGCGAUAUGCUCUUGGAGAUGAUUUAGAGCGCAGGAUGGCUGCCGCCGAAAAUCCCUUCACAGUUUUGUACACAGUUCUCCAUGAAUUAUGUGUUGCUCUUGUUAUGGACACUGUAGUAAGGCAAGUGCAGGUACUCCGUCAGGGCAGGUGGAAAGACGCAAUACGUUUUGAACUUAUUUUUGAUGACAGUGCCGGACAAGGUGGGAAUACUACUGGUGUUGUGCAGUUGGCCCAAGAUGGUGAACUUGAUUCAACUGGUUUAAAGAUUCCUGGUCUGAAAAUAAUUUAUUGGUUAGAUUUUGACAAAAACACUGGAGGAUCUGAUUCUGGUUCAUCCCCAUUUAUCAAAAUUGAGCCGGGGCAAGAUUUGCAAAUAAAGUGUCAGCAUAGUUCUUUUGUCUUGGAUCCGCUUACUGACAGGGAAGCAAAAUUUUCACUUGAUCAAAGUUGCAUUGAUGUUGAGAAACUUCUGCUAAGGGCUAUUGCCUGUAACAGACACACACGUCUACUUGAAAUUCAGAGGGAAUUGAGUAAAAGUGUUCAUAUUUGUCGAGGUUCAGGUGAUGUUAUCCUUAAGCGUGAAGGGGCUGAAUUAGACACAGACUUGCAAAAGAGAGACAAUAAAUGCGUUAUUGAGGAUUAUUGUUGGGAUGAAGUACUACGAGUGCGAACAUAUGGUGUGUCAUACAUUACUCUUGGAAUAAAUAUCAGGAAUGGUCGUUUCCUUCUUCAAUCUUCUAAAAAUGUUCUUGCACCAUCUGCAUUAUUGGAUAGUGAAGAAGCUCUAAACCAGGGAAGUAUUACUGCAACUGAAGUAUUUAUGAGCUUAAGAAGCAAAAGUAUUCUUCACUUAUUUGCAUCAACUGGAAAGUUUCUCGGCUUGAAGGUUUAUGAUCAGUCUUCAACUACUAUAAAGAUACCAAAGUCCAUUUUGCAUGGGCCGGAUUUAUUGCUAAUGGGAUUUCCUCGAUGUGGGAAUUCGUAUUAUUUAAUGCUGCAGCUUGAUAAAGAUUUCAAACCUGUUUUUACCUUGCUAGAGACACAGACUGAUCCAGGUGGAAAGUCCCAUUCAAUUAGUGAUGCUAAUGAAGUUAUACGUUUUAAUAAAAUUGACAUUGGUCAGAUGCAAAUAGUUGAAGAUGAACUGAAUAUGAGCCUCUUUGACUGGGAGAAGCUACACUCUUUACCAAAUAUAGGGGCUUGCAAUCAGAUUUCUGAACAUGGUCUUCUUCCUGAGCUUGGAUUGGAAUCUGCUCUGCAGCACCCUGCAUGUUCCCAGCCAAGUUUUUCAUCUGUUGUCGAUGAAGUGUUUGAGUCUGAGAAAGGUGCAUCAGGUCCUCCUUUUCCCAUUACAAGUCACCUCCCUGUGUCUUAUAAUAUGCCCCCUCUUUCUCACCUAGUCUCUCUUCCAACUAGUCAUCAAGGAAUAAAGGCUGGAGUUAGCUCACCUAAGUGGGAAGGAGUACAGCAAUCUCAAAUCAAUAACAUUGUAAAUGUUUCUGCUGGCCUUACAAGUUCAAGCAAUUCAAUGUCUCUAUCAAACAAUUUGAAGGGCUUACGUUGUAACAGUGUUACAAAUUCCCUCCCCUCUUCAAGCCCAGCAAGGAACUCUUCUAUUGAAAAUUUUUCAGCUUCAAAGUCUGAUCAGGACUUGAGCUCUCUGAAGUCUCCACAUUUGGCUGAGGUUGGCCGAUUUUCUUCUAUGGAUGACAAUCAAGCAAGAUUGGUGCAUGAAUCUCCGAAAGAGCUUGGUAUGAUUGAUGGGAGUCGACCACCUCAGCUAUUGCCUCCACUGCGAACAACUGGUCCUCGUCCCUCUGUACAGAAUACCAGUUCAAAUAACUUCAAAAGCUCAUCAACUGGCCAUUUGACUAGAUAUCUAAAAGAUGACCAAUAUAGCUCAUCUAUGGUUGUACAAACAAGCCAAACAGCACAAUCUGGCAUUUCCUCUACCUCGGGCUAUGAUGGCAUCAAUAAACAUGAGAGAAAAUCGAAAAAGCGUUUGCUUUCAGACUUUCUGACUCUAAUUCCACUACCUCGAGGGUUAAAAUCUGGCACCGAACAGUGUAAAAGAAUGAAAAUUUUGGAAUCAGCUCGCUGUCAUCCUCCUGUUUCACAGGCACUUUCAUCAGUACUGACAUGCAAAUCUAGUGGGUAUACAUAUGGAGAUCUGCUUGCUGAACCAAAUCAUGGCAUCACCGCUUCGAAUAUAUAUGUUUCGGUCCUCCUCCAUGUUGUUAAGCACUGUUCACUCUGUAUUAAGCAUGCUCAACUAACCGGCCAGAUGGACGCUCUUGACAUUCCUUAUGUUGAAGAAGUCGGUCUGCGAACUCCAUCCUCAAGCUUGUGGUUACGGUUACCGUUUAUCAGGGCUGAUUCGUGGCAGCACAUAUGCCUGCGUCUUGGUAAACCUGGAAGCAUGUGCUGGGAUGUUAAAAUCAACGACCCACAUUUCAAAGAAUUAUGGGAACUUCAUGAAGGAAGUACUACCACACUAUGGGGCUCUGGUGUACGUGUUGCCAAUACAUCUGAAAUUGAUUCCCACAUCCAUUAUGACCCUGAAGGUGUUGUAUUGAGUUACAAGACUGUUGAAGCUGAUAGUAUUCAGAGGCUUAUAUCAGAUCUACGAAGGCUUUCUAAUGCACGCUUAUUUGCUUGUGGGAUGCAAAAAUUAAUUGGUAUAAAGGUUGAUGAUAAGCUAGAUGAAAGUAACACAGAUUCUGAGACAAAGUUGCAAUCUGCAACUAAAAGAACUGGUGAGGCUGCUGAUAAGUUAUCUGAACAGAUGAGAAAAACUUUCAAGAUUGAAGCAGUUGGGCUAAUGAGUGUGUGGUUUAGUUAUGUCUCAAUGCCUGUGAUUGUGCAUUUUGUUGUUGAAUGGGAAGCUGGUAAGGAAGGCUGUACCAUGCAUGUAUCUCCUGAUCAACUUUGGCCGCAUACCAAGUUUUUGGAGGAUUUUGUCAAUGGAGCUGAAGUUGCAUCCUUCUUGGAUUGCAUUCGGCUUACUGCAGGACCCCUACUUGCUCUUGGUGGUGCAAUACGCCCUGCACGAAUGCCUAUGCCUGUUUCUGCUAACCACUCCCCCAUACCUAAGCAGAACAAUUUCAUCACAUCACAGGGACUGCUGCCAAACACUUCAUCAUCAAAUGUUAUGCAACCUGCAUCUUCUGCCCCUGCACUAACUGCUGUUAUGGCCCAACUGGGCAGUCACAGUCUUCACAGUGCUGCAAUGUUAUCUGCUGCAGGUAGAGGUGGACCGGGGCUGGUUCCAAGCUCUUUAUUGCCUUAUGAUGUCUCCGUUGUGCUGCGGGGUCCGUAUUGGAUACGUAUCAUAUACCGUAAGAAAUUUGCUGUGGAUAUGCGGUGCUUUGCUGGAGAUCAGGUUUGGCUACAGCCUGCAACACCUCCUAAAGGAGGACCGGCUGCUGGGGGAUCAUUGCCAUGUCCACAGUUUCGGCCUUUUAUCAUGGAACAUGUUGCUCAGGGUCUGAAUGCUCUAGAGCCCAAUUUUUCUGGUGCUGCACAUGCAGGUGGGCAUUUGAGUUCAAGCAAUAGUAACCCGAGUUCAGGUAGUCAACAACUGGUGCCUAAUGCCAGCCGCCUUAAUGUUACUGCUAGUGGUGCAAUGGCUAGAACUUCCGCAGUUGGAAGCCAGGUAGCUGGUAGCUUAAGCCGAGUCAGCAAUGCAAUUUUAGCCUCUUCAGGUCUAGCUUCAGGGAUCUCUGGGGUACCUUUCCGUGUAUCUCCAGGUCCUGGUUUCCCAGCACAUGUGAGAGGGGAGUUGAAUACGGCUUUUAUUGGGCUUGGGGAUGAUGGAGGUUAUGGAGGUGGAUGGGUUCCCCUUGCAGCUCUUAAAAAGGUGUUAAGAGGUAUCCUCAAAUAUCUCGGUGUGUUAUGGUUGUUUGCGCAGUUGCCUGAUCUUUUAAAAGAGAUUCUGGGUUCGAUUUUAAAGGAGAAUGAAGGGGCGCUGCUAAAUUUGGAUCAGGAGCAGCCGGCCCUGCGCUUUUUUGUGGGAGGGUAUGUUUUUGCUGUUAGUGUUCACAGGGUCCAACUUCUUUUGCAAGUUUUGAGUGUCAGACGAUUCCAGCAUCAGCAGCAGCAGCAGCAAACCCAAACCAACACUCAAGAAGAACUAGCCCCUAAUGAAAUUAAUGAGAUAUGUGACUACUUUAGCCGGCGUGUCGCUUCUGAGCCCUAUGAUGCAUCUAGGGUUGCAUCUUUUAUCACCCUUCUCACACUACCUGUUUCAGUCCUCCGAGAAUUCUUAAAGUUGAUAUCGUGGAAAAAAGGAUUGUCUCAAGCGCACAGUGGAGACAUUGCUACUGCACAGAGGGCCCGCAUGGAGUUGUGCUUGGAGAACCAUUCAGGCUCAGUUUUAGAUGAGAACUCUGAGAACUUUUCUGCAUCAAGAAGUAAUAUUCAUCAUGACCGAGCCCAUAAUUCCGUAGAUUUUGCUCUCAACUUUGUCCUCGACCCUGCCCACAUACCCCACAUGAAUGCAGCUGGUGGAGCUGCAUGGCUACCUUACUGUGUGUCUGUGCGACUAAAAUAUUCAUUCGGAGAAAAUACUCAUAUCUCUUUUCUUGGAAUGGAUGGAAGCCAUGGUGGCAGAGCUUGUUGGUUGCGUUUCGAGGACUGGGAAAAGUGCAAGCAGAGAGUGGCAAGAACAGUGGAAUAUGCAAAUGGGAGUUCUGCAGGUGAUGUCAGUCAGGGGAGGUUAAGGUUGGUUGCUGAGACAGUGCAGAGGACAUUGCAUGUGUCAUUGCAACAGCUAAGAGACGGUGCUCUUUCCUCUAGCUCGACUGCAACUUAAUUUAUCACAUUUGAAGUAUUAAAAUGGAAAAUGGUACAGUUUGAUGCAUUGUACUCAUGCAGCAUGAAUCAAUAGCUCCUGUUAUAUGAAGCUCGAUGUCACAUUCCUGGAGCUAAAGUUGACAUCAUUCCUUUGUAGUCAUGAGUCUGAACGUUGACCUCAAUGGGGCAGAAACUAGAGGAUUUAUUGCAAAGUCAAUAUCAAUAAACUACAAAUGUUUUGGUGGAUUGAUGACUCAUUCAAUGGUGAGAGCUGGUGGAAGGCAAAUACUUGAUCCUCAUGGCAAGGUGGGCCAGGCAUUCCGAACUUGAUAGACAUUAGGAGUGGAAGGAUUCUGAGAAAUUCUCUGGUCAGGGGGUAGAAUCUUGUACAGUUAACAGAGAAUAGCGCUGGAACUUAUGGAAGGCUGUUAGAACGGCCCUAAAACCUUAUUAUGCACAUAUUUGUCCUGUAUUUAAAUGAGGACAGUCCAAAGUUUGCAGCAGUAUAACAAUGCCAUUAGGCGUUAAUGGGUCUGAAUUUGAAUAGAGUAACAAGAUUUUCAGUGGAUAUUCUCGAUGUUACUUUCAUUGGUGUCGGGAUAAAUUUAGAAAAGCAAAAAAAAAAAAAAACAAAGAAGAUUGAGUUCUUGGAAUCUCUCAUUUGACUUGUAUUCUAGAAUUUUUUUAAUUAACAUAGUAGCAAACUGUGAUUUUAUAUAUACCAGAAAUAGUUCAUGUAAACUUAUGGCAUAUAAUUUAACUAAUGUCCAUGUUUCUUCCCGAUCAAAA